UUCCUAAAAGGAUUUAUUAGCUUGUAGACCUGUGAGGCUGCACUCGAAUAUCAGACUGGGAAGAAGCACGGCUGGAGAGGAUCACAACUGAGUGUGCUGAGAGCUGAAGACAUUCUGCUGAGUCUACCCAGCAACCAAAACUUCCAAGAUGUGGAAAAAGAAAGCAAAGGUCGCGGACCAGACGGCCACUGGCCAAGGUCCUGUCUCAGACGUUUUCGAAAAAGAAGGAGUUGGGAUCAAGAAGAGAUCAAAAGUCCCUGGAGUUAUGAUCACGCAGUAUGUGGAGGAAUUACCAGAUGGGAAAAGCCACCCUGACUUCACCCGCAAGCCCAUCGCGUUGACCAUUCAGGAGGGUAAAUUCGCCUUCUUCAAAGCCCUGGUUAUUGGAGAUCCAGAACCAACCGUGACAUGGGGCAGAAAUAAUGGAGAUGUGUCAGAUACAUCAAAAUAUGUGACAAAAUAUGACACUGCUACACGUGAGCACUUAUUUGAGAUGGCCAAUGUAAAACCAGAACAAGCAGACACCUACAAAUGCUUUGCAGCUAAUGAGUUUGGAAGAGCAGUGGUCACAGUGGUCCUCAAUGUUAUUGAAGUUGGGUUCAAGAAAGCACAAGCCGACUCACAGGUGCAACCAGAGGCGGCUGUUGCAGAUUUUAAAUCUGUACUGAAGAGAAAAAGUAAAAUUCGUCCCAAAAUGGAAAAGAAAGAAGAUGGAGAAAUAGAUCCAAAGUUUUGGGAACUCUUGAUAAGUGCUGACAAGAAAGACUAUGAGAGCCUCAUGUUGGAGUUUGGAGUCACUGACUUCCGCUUUAUGCUGAAGACACUGAAUGAGAUGAAGAAGGAAAGAGAGGAAGAGCAAGCACAGUUUAUUGAAAACCUAGCUAACCUGAAACCUAUUGAAGUUGGACCCGAUGGCUGUGCAACCUUUACACUAGACAUGGAUCUCAUUGAACAAAGCAGCAGGAUAUUCCUCUACAAGGAUGGAGUGAUGAUUCCAUACAGCAAGGAGUUGGGAGAUACACUCAAACACAGCCUAAAGAUAGUGGGCCGGAAGUAUCAGUUCAGCAUAAGGGAUCUGUUUCCUGAUGACGCUGGGCUCUACCAGGUGGAUGUUGAGGACGUAAAUGUAUUCUCCACCGAUUUUAAGAUUCCCAUGGUGGACUUCCUGGUCAAGAUUCAGGAGUGUAAGGCCAUGGAGAGAGAGGAUGCUGUGUUUGAGUGUGUCCUGUCACAGCCCUUCGGCAAGAUCAUGUGGGUUGGCAAGAACUUACCAUUGGAGGCAGGGGAUAAAUAUGAUAUUGAGGUUUCAGAAGACAAGCUCAUCCACAGACUAAUCAUUAAAGACGUUGCUAUGGUGGAUAAAGGCAUCUAUGCCGCUGUGGCAGGAAUCAAAUCUUGCAAUGCCUUUCUUGUUGUUGAAGCCGACAAGGGUGAACUCGGCAAAAAGAAACAACGUAAAACGACAAGGGCAGGAGGAGCUGGAGUUGACCUGACAGCGAUUGCCCAAGAGCAGGCAGUUAAAAACACGGCAGACAGAGAGGUGCUGAUGGAGAAGGUGAAAUCAAUCAAGAACGAGAGAGCGGCUAAUGCCACUACAGCACCUGAUACUUCAGCUGAAGCUAAAGCUAAAGUUAAGGGGGUAGAGGCUUCCCAAACAGGAGCUACAAAACAGGGACCGGCAGUAAAAGGGUCUGACCAUAAAUCCGUGGAUAAUGAGGGAGCUACAAAACAGGGACCAGCAGUAAAAGGGUCUGACCAUAAAUCCGUGGAUAAUGAGGGAGCUCCAAAACAGGGACCAGCAGUAAAAGGGUCUGACCAUAAAUCUGUGGAUAAUGAGGGGGAUUUCGAUGGAUCUGGAGAAGGUGAUGGAGGUAGUGGUAACAGUGGACAGUCAAAUAAUGAAGGCCCAACGGCGCCCACUGUGCCUGGCCAGCCGGUCGGAGACCGUACUGGAUACAGCAUUAAGAGUGGACUCUCGGAUCUCUUUGCUCUCCGUGGCAAGAAAGGUGAACUGGUUUGUGAGAUGAGCCAUGAAGUUGAUGGGGCCUGGUUCAAGGAUGGAGAGAAGUUAUCCAACACAGGUGGAAUAGCCAUAGUGAAAAACGGAACGAGACACACGCUGACCAUUCAUAAAAGUAGUGAAGACGACACUGGAGUCUAUCACUUUGAAGCGGGAGGAUUUAAAUCAGAGGCAAAAGUCACUGUGGGAGAAUUACCUAGCGUUGAUGCUGAUGACCUCCAUAGGUUUUCUAAGCCUGUGACAGUAAAAGUGGGCCAGAAUGCAUCCUGGAAGAUGCCUUAUACACCACAGGACAACUUGGAGGUGAAAUGGUUUAAGGAUGACAAAGAGUUGAAGGAUGGUGGUGGGGUGAAGUUGGUGAAGGAGGUCAACCACAGCCGGCUGCUGUUCCGGGAGUGUCUGCGUUCCGACGCUGGGGAGAUCAAGAUUCAACUCAAAAACCCAUUUGGCACUAUAGAGGGCACAUCUCGACUGAUUGUCCUUGACAAGCCCGGCCCACCAGAAGGCCCGGUGGAAAUCUUGGAGACCACCUCCACUGUGAUUGAGCUGCAAUGGGGCGCUCCUAAGGACGACGGUGGCUCCCCGGUGACUAACUACAUCAUUGAGCGCCAGCAGCUGGGACAGACCGUGUGGAAGAAGAUGGGGGAUGUCGCAGCUGACAAAACCACCUACAGGGACAGGAAUGUGGUUCAUGGGAAACUGUACAUCUACAAGAUCUAUGCAGUGAACCCAGAGGGGACCAGUGAUGCACUGCAGACUGAGGAAACAAUGGCUGGCGUAUUGAUAUUUGCUGGGCGACCUGGAGCACCAAAAGUGGUCAGCGCGUCAAAGACCUGCAUCAACCUUAAAUGGGAGCCCCCGGAAGAUGACGGAGGAAUUAAGAUUGAUGGCUAUCAACUGGAAAAACGCAAAAAGGACACAGCUCAGUGGAUUGCUUUGAACCCAGUAACUGAGCCUAUUGAAGUGCUGGAGUACGCAGUGAAGGAUGUUGUUGAGGGGGCGGAGUAUGAGUUCAGGGUAUCGGCCAUCAACGUUUCUGGGGCAGGAGAGUUCAGUCUCCCCUCUGUGAUGGUGACUGCAAAGAAUCCCAACAUGAGGCCUACAUUCAAAGAUCCAGAGGACUUCAUGGUGAUCAGGGCGGGAAACUCUGUGAGAAUCAAAGUUCUCUAUGAGGCUGAGCCUCCACCAGAGAUCACUUGGAUGAAGGACAAUGAGCCUGUAUCCAGUUUUAUACAGAUCAUCAACACAGAGGGCUGUUCCCAGCUUGUGAUCCCCUCAACAAAACGCUCGGAUUCAGGAAACUACACCAUUGUGGCUAAGAAUAAAGUUGGAGAGGCCAGCUUUGACAUUGAGGUCCUAGUCACAGAUGAACCAAAGCCUCCCGGUGCAGUGGAGCUGGAGCAGAUUGUCCAUGGCAAAGUUAUUGUGUCUUGGGAGGCCUCUCCAGACCAGGAGCUGGACAACAGGCUGUAUUACAUGGUGGCCGAGCACGACUCCAGCACACGCAUGUGGCACACUGUGGCAGACCGCAUCUUUGACAAUUCAUACACAGCCAAUAACAUUAUGCCUGGAAGGGAGUACCACUUCAAAAUCUAUGCCAAGAACGACAUGGGCAUGUCAGACCCCUCCAUGUCACCCACCUGGGGCAUCAACAGCAACAGAAUUCCUAUAAACAUAAACACGCCAGUGGAAGUCAGCUUUGAGAAACCACCAUCUGUCCUGGUCCCUCUGAAGUUGCACUCACCACCAAAAGGAUUCCAGAUGUACAUGACCUGCGCCGUCAGGGGAUGCCCCACACCCAGCGUCACGUGGCACCUGAACAACGUCUGCAUCAAUGGUGACAGCAACUACUACAUCACCAACUCGUACGGCGUGUGCUCCAUGUACAUCCUUAGGGUCAGGCCCAAGGACUCCGGAGAAUACAAAGUUGUGGCAGUUAACUCCUUUGGCAAGGCAGAAUGCUCCACUAAACUUGUUGUUAAAGACUAAAAUCACAUUGAUGAAUUAUCUUGGAGGUUUUCUUCUGCUCUCCUUGAUUCUAUGUAGAAACAUAUUUUUAUUUGAAUAUGUUAGAGUUUUGGUACAUGUAUGCUGCAUACAUGAUUAGGUGUUGUGUAUUACUCAUUAGUUAUGUUUACUAGCCAUCUUAUCUUCAGUUGUGAGACAGACUUAACUAAUUCGGUCAAUACAGUAAAUGGAACAAAAAACUAAAUGUUAGCUAUCUCAAAUGAUAAGGAAACUCAAUUGAAGUAUUAAGUCAUUAUCAAAAAUAGCAAUGUUUUUAUUUCUUUGAGAAAAUCAGAAAUGUACUUUGGAAAACGACAAUAAAUACAGCAAUUGACA